UGAUCGAUUUUUUUAAAAGCUUAAAAUUUACAAAUUUAUUUGUUGCCUUUUAUUAAAUGGGUUUAUCUGAGUCAUCAUUAUCACGAUUUUCAUCAUCAACAUCAUCAUCAGGAUCAUCGUUAAGAUCAUCGUCAAGAUCGGCAUCAAGACAAAGUGAACGACGUCGACGUUUUUCUUUUAGAAGGGAAGAAAAACCUAGUUCAAGGAAGCCAAAAUUAGUACAUCGUGAUGUGACACGUUUCUAUGAAAUACCAUUUGGUCCAUUCAAAAAACCUGAAGAUGUACUUAAAUCAUUUGGUUAUGAAUUGGAUCGUGAACUUGAUCGUGGUGCUUUUGGUGUUGUUUAUAUUGCAAAAGAUGUAAGAAAAGAAAAAAAAGUUGCUUGUAAACAAAUUGAAAUGAAUCUAGCAUGUCAUCGUGAUGCAUUUGAAGAGAAUAAAAAUGAAUUAUUAACAAUUGAACGUGUUAGACAUGCAUAUGUUAUAAAAGUUUAUUGUCAUUUUGUUGUACAAGGUAAUGGUUUUAAACGAAUGUAUAUAUUUAUGGCAUUAGCUGAUGGUGGAAAUUUAUAUAAAUUUCUAAAAAAUCGUAAUCAAAUAAUUACUGAAUAUCAAUGUCGACUUUAUUUUGCACAAAUAUUAUGUGGUCUAAAUCAUAUGCAUUCGGUUGGUAUUGCACAUCGUGAUAUUAAACCACAAAAUGUUUUAUUAUGUUCGAAUCCUAAUUCAAUAUCCGGUGAUUAUACUCUUGUUGUUACAGAUUUUGGUCUUAGUAAAGUAGUUACCAAUGAAGAACAAUUAGCAAUGUCUAUUUGUGGUACACCUGUUUUUAUGGCACCAGAAUUAUUACAAGCACAACCAUAUAAUCCAUUUUCAGCUGAUGUUUGGGCAUUAGGUAUUACAUUAUUUCAAAUGUUAUCAUUGGAAUUACCAUUUAAUUAUCAUCAACCACAAGAAAUUAUUAUACAAGCAAUGAUGGAGAAAAGAAUAUUAUUUGAAUCAUCAUUUCGAAAAACUAAACAACCAUCAUCCGAAUUUAAACAAUUGAUACUUUCAAUGUUGGAACCAAAUCCAAAACUACGUAUUCGUAUGAUUCAAAUAACUCGUAUACAAUGGAUUAUACGUGAAUAUUCUAUGGCUGAAUCAUUUUGCCGUUCAAUACGAUCAAAGCAUGUACAACAUAAUAUAAAUAUAAAUAACGUGAAUAACAUAAAUAACAUAGCGAACUAAUUAACUGGCUGGCUGACUAUUUCAAAUUUUUUCAAUGCGUAUUUUGCUUGUAUUUUGUG